UUUCUCCAUUAUUGUUUCUGCUCGAUCCUUGUACUCUUCUCUCUGCGCUAUUACUGUAACAAUCUCUUCCGCAUCUCAUCUCAUUAUACCAUUCUCUGCUCCCAGCUGUAAAUCAUUUCUUAAAACCAUAUACUCUUCUCUUCCCUGAGCUUUCUGCUCUCUUUUUUUUUCUGAAUACUGCUCAGGCAAAGCAGCUCUUGCAGAACAUCUUGAAUCCAGGAAAAAAUGGUUCGAUCAACCGAUCCAUUCUGGAAUGAUGUUGAAGAUAUGAAUAAUGGUGGCAUGAAGUGUAGAUUUUGUGGGCAUUUAUUUUCCCGGAAGACUUCCAUUUCGAGGAUCAAAUGGCAUUUGUCAGGAUUGAAAAAGCGUGGUGUUAAAAUAUGUGAGAAAGUUCCUGAAGAAGUUCAAGAUGCAGCCCGUGCAGCUAUUGAUGGUUCUCCAGAAAAAAGAAAUAAAUAUGAAGCAGGAUCGAGCAGUAAUGAGGUCACUAAUGCAAUUUCAGCUCCUGCAAAAGAACAGAACAAUGAAGUGAUACAUCUAGACAUGGCACAACAAGAAGAAGCCUUUUCCCCUGGAGCGCUCGAACGUUGGAUGGAUAGCAUCACUGAUAAAGAUAUCGAGUCUAUGUUGGGACGUAGUUCUCCUGAAGAGCUUCUGCAUGAUGCAGUGGAGACUGUACCGAGAACAGAAAUGGUGCAGCAUCUGGAGAGAGGUAGCUCUCAUGAGAGGACAUCAAUUAAUCAAGCUGAUGAGCCUCAAGGAGAUUCAUCCGGACCAACAGAUCUAUUGUGUCUUGGCCUUGGAAGAUGUUAUGAUCAACUCUGUUCUCCACCAGUAAACAAUGAUGCCAUGAUGAAUGAAGUGCAGAACAUGGCUAAAGUGAGGACAGCACCAGUGUUACGAGUGUUGGAACAAAGCAACGCAGUACAUGACUGUUUGGCAGGGGAUGCUGGAAGGAUACCAGUGGGAGUUCAGGGCAUGAAACAAGGUGCGGGGGAAGACAGAAUUUGUUCACAUUUAGAAGCGGAAAAUGGCAUGGGAAACACUGGUGAAGAAGGAUCUAUUCAGCAUGUUGACAGAAGUUUCUCUCCUUCGAGACGCACAGUUGAUGCACAAGAGAAUAGAGGAGAGGCAACACAGAAAAGAGAUCUUGUGAAUCAAUCAGCUAGUUUUUCAAUGGAGGAGGAGGAAGAGGAUGUGGGGGACAAUAGAGGAAGGUUAGUGCAGCCUGGUGCAGGAACUAGCUCUUCUAGAGGCCUUAAAUACAACUCAAGUGAGACUAGAGGAGAUCCAAUUCCUCCUAGCUCUACAAAGUUAGCGGGUCGAGCAUUUGAAGAGAAUAAGAAUGUGAUAUGGUCUCUGUUAAUGGAUGAUAAAUUCUUAAUCAUUGCCAUUUAUGGAAUGGGGGGAGUUGGUAAAACGACAAUGCUACAACAUAUUCAUAAUGAACUUCUAGAAAGAAGAGACAUUUCUCAUCAAGUUUACUGGGUAACUGUGUCUCAAGAUUUCAGCAUUAAUAGAUUGCAGAAUCUUGUUGCUUCAUGCCUUGAUUUAGAUCUUUCAAGAGAAGAUGAUAAUCUGCGUAGAGCUGUCAAAUUAUCAAAAGAACUAGUGAAGAAACAAAAAUGGAUUCUCAUCUUAGAUGAUUUGUGGAAUGCUUUUGAGCUACCCGUAGUGGGAAUUCCUGUCAAUUUGGAAGGAUGCAAGCUGAUUAUGACAACUCGAUCAGAAAAGGUUUGUAAACGGAUGGAUAGCCAACACAAAAUCAAAUUGAAGCCACUUUGUGAGAGGGAAGCUUGGAAAUUGUUCAUGGAGAAACUUGGAGAUGACGAAGCACUUUCUCCAGAGGUGGAGCAAAUUGUGGGAGAUGUUGCAAGGGAAUGUGCUGGUUUGCCAUUAGGAAUUAUUACCGUGGCAAGAAGUUUAAGGGGAGUGGAUGACCUACAUGAGUGGAGGAAUAAAUUAAAUAAAUUGAGAGAAUCCAAAUUUAAGGACAUGGAAGAUGAGGUAUUCCGGUUAUUGAGAUUUAGUUAUGAUCAGUUAGAUGAUUUAACACUACAACAUUGUCUCUUAUACUGUGCAUUAUUUCCUGAAGAUCGUAUAAUUAAAAGGGAUGACCUCAAAAAUCCCAGAAUAAAAGUCUACUCCAUAGUUAAAUUAAAGAGAAACAAACUUGAUACGAUGAACAUCACUCAAAAGCAGAGAAUUUCAGUGGAAGAGAUAGGUGUCCUCCCGGUCUUCAAUAUUUUUGCCUCUGUUCUUGUUGUUCCUGUUGGUGCCGCCUCCUCUAUUUUUCUUUGCUAUGUUCAGGGUUUCUAA